CACUGCACAAUGGUGCUUUCAACCUAAUUUUCUCUCUACAAAUCCACGCAAAAAGCAAAAUGCAAAUCACACUCAUCAAACAUCCAUUUUCCAAUCCAACAAUCAACCAACCAUAAAACUCCAACUAUACUAAAAACAAACUAAAUAUAAAAAAAAAUAAAAAAAUAAAAAGUUCGUACCACUACUACUAAUAUACGACGCACAAGAAACAAGAAAAUGUCCCUCAUUAAAAAUCACACGGCAUUUUCAUAUGGGGUUGGACCCCAUCAACCCCACCCCUAAUUAAAUCAUUAAAAUUUUCCUUCAGUCCACUUCGGACCACACACACUCGCUUCCCAGUCUGCCCUUGUUCUCUCUCUUCUCUGUCUUGUUUUCGUCCAGGGGUAACCAUGGUUUCGUGCGCGAGCGACACGGCUCGAACCCUCAGCUGCAGGGACGGAGCAGCAGCGAAUCACCUUAAGCUCAUCUCACUUUUAGUAAUCUUUUUCACCAGUAUCAUCGGCAUAUCUUCCCCUGUCCUCUUGGCACGUUAUUUCCAUGGCAAACCUGUUUACGACAAGGCAAUUUUAAUAAUCAAGUGUUUCGCUGCUGGAGUCAUCCUUUCAACCUCCUUGGUCCACGUCCUCCCCGAUGCGUUCAUCGCCCUAUCCGACUGCCAAGUCGCGUCUCGUCAUCCGUGGAAAGAUUUCCCUUUUGCCGGGCUCGUGACUUUAGUCGGGGCUCUGCUGGCUCUCUUGGUGGACUUAACGGCUAGCUCACACGUGGAGCACAGUCAUAAGCCGAGUGGAGAUUAUUUGCCGGUGGGAACACAGGAUGGAACGGUGGCAAAGAAAGUGGGGAAUAAUAAUUUGACGAACGAGGAAUUAGUUAAGCUAAAGCAAAAGUUGGUUUCGCAGGUUUUGGAGAUUGGGAUAAUUUUUCACUCGGUGAUAAUCGGUGUGACGAUGGGGAUGUCUCAAAAUCAGUGUACGAUCAGACCACUGGUUGCUGCACUCGCGUUUCACCAAAUCUUUGAAGGCAUGGGCCUUGGUGGCUGCAUUGCUCAGGCCGGUUUCAGCAUGGGAACAGUGGUAUACAUGUGCUUUAUGUUUUCAGUGACGACCCCAAUGGGAAUAGUGUUGGGAAUGAUAGUAUUUUCAGUAACGGGAUACGACGACAGUAGCCCUAGUGCCUUGAUAAUGGAAGGUCUGUUGGGUUCGCUUUCAUCGGGUAUUCUCAUUUACAUGGCUUUGGUUGAUCUCAUUGCCGUCGAUUUCUUCCAUAACAAAUUGAUGGGUUCACAAACGUGGUUGAAGAAGGCUUCCUUCAUUGCCCUAGCUCUUGGCUCUACUUCUAUGUCUAUCCUUGCACUUUGGGCUUGAAGUUACUGCAAUUAAGGACGCUGCUCUGCUGCACCAAAUUAGACUCUGAAGCGGAUGCUUUGAUGCAAAAAUGUAAAAUAAUGCAAUAGUCUUGCAAACUGCAGCUGACUCCAUUGUCUGGAUACUCCAUCAGAAAAAUGUUUUACAGGAUUCUGCACGCAUGCAUGUGCGAAAGAAAUUGUCAUAAAGAAUUAAAUAUACAUUUAUUUGAUUGAAGUGUAAAACGUAUUGGUUCGAUUCACCCGUCUAGAACAAGAUCCAUCACGAAUAAUUUUCACAGGCUAGAGCCUGAAUUCUCCAAAUAAUGAAGAGAG